AGAGAAAUUUGUGGAACAAGCUGAGAACUUGGCGGCCAUGUUUGACUCUCAUGACAAAUACAGAUGGAGUAUCCGAAAAGAGCCCCACAACAGUUUACCUGCAUUUCCUGCGGUUCUAUCGAUCCAGAUUAGUGUAGUUGUCAAUUAAUUGAUCCUGAAUAUCUGUAUAAAUGGUGCGAAAAGUUCGAAAAGUUGAUGCAGCGUUACUGAAAAUUUUACUUACGGACGAACUGUUUAAACAUUUUUUAACUGUCGAGGAGAAUUCGUAAGAGAGCGAACAUGUUAAACCAAGCCGUAGUGGAGGCUUUAUAUUCCGCAACCUAUAUCGAGAAUUAUUUGGACUGUGUGGAAAAUUUGCCGAACGAUUUACAGAGACAUGUUUCCCGGCUUCGUGAGCUCGACGCUACUUGUCAAACUUAUUUACGGGAAGUGGAUCAACAGCAGGAGGCAUUGAGAAAUGACACAGACUUGGCUGUUAGGAGGAGAGCAUUGCUAAGAGUGCAACAAGCAUUGAUUGCUGCUAAGGAAAUUGGGGAUGAGAAGUUACAAAUAGUUCAACAAGUACAAGAUCUAAUCGAAAAUAAAUCCAGGCAGCUAGAUCUAGAUUAUCGUAACCUUGAUUUUGGAAAAGAACAAGAAAGCAGCGAAUCUAUUAGGGAUACAAAUGCUAAUGUAAAUUCAAAUUCUUCUGGCAAUGCAAAUAAUUCAGAAAGACAAACCAAGAGGCUUCGAAGAACAAGAACAGAAACAUUAGUAGAGUCCUCCAAUACAAUGGAUAUGAUCGUAAUGACAGAAACACGUUCGAAUUCUUUGUCCAAUGCAAGUAAUGGUAAUCAAAAGAAAACAACCACUACUAACACUGGAAAGAAGAAGAAGAGGAAGUCUAAACAGGGUAAUCAGCAAAACCAGCAUCGUGAAGACACUCCCCCACCACCAGAAGAUGAUCUUGCAAUAGAUCCAGAUGAACCAACAUACUGUCUUUGCGAUCAAAUAUCAUAUGGGGAAAUGAUUUUGUGUGAUAAUGAUUUAUGUCCUAUAGAAUGGUUUCAUUUCUCAUGUGUUUCAUUAAGUACUAAACCAAAAGGUAAAUGGUUCUGUCCAAAAUGUCGAGGGGACAGACCAAAUGUCAUGAAGCCAAAAGCACAAUUUUUAAAAGAAUUAGAAAGGUAUAACAAGGAGAAAGAGGAGAAAUCGUAG